GAAGUAUAAAUUCUGAUGCUCUGUGUUAUUGGCACCUCUUGGCAAGAUGGGUACCAACAAGAUCUUGCUUUUCCUCUUAAGUACAGCUCUUCUGGAUGCCACCGCAGUUACAACUACCUCAAGAAGCUCUCUGGGCACAAGUACAUUUCCAGCAGACAAAACAACCACACUGACCCGAGAUCCCACCACAACUCCCGGUCGGACAGACGGAAUCACACCUGUCUUCCAAGGAACUGUUCCUCCAGGUGUCUCCCUGAGCUUGGUGAAUGGCAGGAACCGGUGUGAGGGGCGCAUUGAGAUCUAUCAGUAUGGGAACCGGGGCACGGUGUGUGAUGACGGCUGGGACCUCAGUGAUGCCCAAGUUGUGUGCAGGCAGCUGGGAUGCGGCUACGCUGUUUCUGCAUUUGGAAGUGCCUAUUUUGGACAAGGCAGUGGCAGCAUUUACCUGGACGAUGUGCAGUGCACAGGGAGUGAGUCCUCCCUGUUUCAGUGCAGGAGCUCUGGCUGGGGCGUCCACAACUGUGGGCACAGUGAAGACGCGGGUGUUAUCUGCUCAGCUGCAAUAAGCAUGACGAGACCAUAUCCCACCACAACUCCAGGUCGGACAGACGGAAUCUCAGAUGGCUUCCCAGCAACUGUUCCUCCAGGUGUCUCCCUGAGCUUGGUGAAUGGCAGGAACCGGUGUGAGGGGCGCAUUGAGCUCUACCAGUAUGGGAACCGGGGCACGGUGUGUGACGACGGCUGGGACCUCAGUGAUGCCCAAGUUGUGUGCAGGCAGCUGGGAUGCGGCUACGCUGUUUCUGCAUUUGGAAGUGCCUAUUUUGGACAAGGCAGUGGCAGCAUUUACCUGGACAAUGUGCAGUGCACAGGGAGUGAGUCCUCCCUGUUUCAGUGCAGGAGCUCUGGCUGGGGCGUCCACGACUGUGGGCACAGUGAAGAUGCAGGUGUUGUCUGCUCAGCUGCAAUAAGCAUGACGAGACCAUAUCCCACCACAACUCCAGGUCGGACAGACGAAAUCACAGUUGGCUUCCCAGCAACUGUUCCUCCAGGUGUCUCCCUGAGCUUGGUGAAUGGCAGGAACCGGUGUGAGGGGCGCAUUGAGCUCUACCAGUAUGGGAACCGGGGCACGGUGUGUGACGACGGCUGGGACCUCAGUGAUGCCCAGGUUGUGUGCAGGCAGCUGGGAUGCGGCUACGCUGUUUCUGCAUUUGGAAGUGCCUAUUUUGGACAAGGCAGUGGCAGCAUUUACCUGGAUGAUGUGCAGUGCACAGGGAGUGAGUCCUCCCUGUUUGAGUGCAGGAGCUCUGGCUGGGGCGUCCACAACUGUGGGCACAGUGAAGACGCAGGUGUUGUCUGCUCAGCUGCAGUAACCACGACGAGCCCAACUCCCACCACAACUCCAGGUGGCUCGCUGAGCUUGGUGAACGGCAGGAACCGGUGUGAGGGGCGCAUUGAGAUCUACCAGAAUGGGAACCGGGGCACGGUGUGUGAUGACGGCUGGGACCUCAAUGAUGCCCAGGUUGUGUGCAGGCAGCUGGGAUGCGGCUACGCUGUUUCUGCAUUUGGAAGUGCCUAUUUUGGACAAGGCAGUGGCAGCAUUUACCUGGACGAAGUGCAGUGCACGGGGAGUGAGUCCUCCCUGUUUGAGUGCAGGAGCUCUGGCUGGGGCGUCCACAACUGUGGGCACAGUGAAGACGCAGGUGUUGUCUGCUCAGCUGCAGUAACCACGACGAGCCCAACUCCCACCACAACUCCAGGUGGCUCGCUGAGCUUGGUGAACGGCAGGAACCGGUGUGAGGGGCGCAUUGAGAUCUACCAGAAUGGGAGCCGGGGCACGGUGUGUGAUGACGGCUGGGACCUCAGUGAUGCCCAAGUUGUGUGCAGGCAGCUGGGAUGCGGCUACGCUGUUUCUGCAUUUGGAAGUGCCUAUUUUGGACAAGGCAGUGGCAGCAUUUACCUGGACGAAGUGCAGUGCACAGGGAGUGAGUCCUCCCUGUUUGAGUGCAGGAGCUCUGGCUGGGGCGUCCACAACUGUGCGCACAGUGAAGACGCAGGCGUUCUCUGCUCAGCUGCAAUAAGCACGACGACGACCCCAACUCCAGGUGGCUCGCUGAGCUUGGUGAAUGGCAGUAACCGGUGUGAGGGGCGCAUUGAGAUCUACCAGAAUGGGAACCGGGGCACGGUGUGUGAUGACGGCUGGGACCUCAGUGAUGCCCAAGUUGUGUGCAGGCAGCUGGGAUGCGGCUACGCUGUUUCUGCAGUGGGAAGUGCCUAUUUUGGACAAGGCAGUGGCAGCAUUUACCUGGACGAAGUGCAGUGCACGGGGAGUGAGUCCUCCCUGUUUCAGUGCAGGAGCUCUGGCUGGGGCGUCCACAACUGUCAGCACUAUGAAGAUGCAGGUGUUAUCUGCUCAGCUGCAAUAACCACGACGAGCCCAACUCCCACCACAACUCCAGGUGGCUCGCUGAGCUUGGUGAACGGCAGGAACCGGUGUGAGGGGCGCAUUGAGAUCUACCAGAAUGGGAACCGGGGCACGGUGUGUGAUGACGGCUGGGACCUCAAUGAUGCCCAGGUUGUGUGCAGGCAGCUGGGAUGCGGCUACGCUGUUUCUGCAUUUGGAAGUGCCUAUUUUGGACAAGGCAGUGGCAGCAUUUACCUGGACGAAGUGCAGUGCACAGGGAAUGAGUCCUCCCUGUUUGAGUGCAGGAGCUCUGGCUGGGGCGUCCACAACUGUGCGCACAGUGAAGACGCAGGCGUUCUCUGCUCAGCUGCAGUAACCACGACGAGCCCAACUCCCACCACAACUCCAGGUGGCUCGCUGAGCUUGGUGAACGGCAGGAACCGGUGUGAGGGGCGCAUUGAGAUCUACCAGAAUGGGAGCCGGGGCACGGUGUGUGAUGACGGCUGGGACCUCAGUGAUGCCCAAGUUGUGUGCAGGCAGCUGGGAUGCGGCUACGCUGUUUCUGCAUUUGGAAGUGCCUAUUUUGGACAAGGCAGUGGCAGCAUUUACCUGGACGAAGUGCAGUGCACAGGGAGUGAGUCCUCCCUGUUUGAGUGCAGGAGCUCUGGCUGGGGCGUCCACAACUGUGCGCACAGUGAAGACGCAGGCGUUCUCUGCUCAGCUGCAAUAAGCACGACGACGACCCCAACUCCAGGUGGCUCGCUGAGCUUGGUGAAUGGCAGUAACCGGUGUGAGGGGCGCAUUGAGAUCUACCAGAAUGGGAACCGGGGCACGGUGUGUGAUGACGGCUGGGACCUCAGUGAUGCCCAAGUUGUGUGCAGGCAGCUGGGAUGCGGCUACGCUGUUUCUGCAGUGGGAAGUGCCUAUUUUGGACAAGGCAGUGGCAGCAUUUACCUGGACGAAGUGCAGUGCACGGGGAGUGAGUCCUCCCUGUUUCAGUGCAGGAGCUCUGGCUGGGGCGUCCACAACUGUCAGCACUAUGAAGAUGCAGGUGUUAUCUGCUCAGCUGCAAUAACCACGACGAGCCCAACUCCCACCACAACUCCAGGUGGCUCGCUGAGCUUGGUGAAUGGCAGGAACCGGUGUGAGGGGCGCAUUGAGAUCUACCAGAAUGGGAACCGGGGCACGGUGUGUGAUGACGGCUGGGACCUCAAUGAUGCCCAGGUUGUGUGCAGGCAGCUGGGAUGCGGCUACGCUGUUUCUGCAUUUGGAAGUGCCUAUUUUGGACAAGGCAGUGGCAGCAUUUACCUGGACGAAGUGCAGUGCACAGGGAAUGAGUCCUCCCUGUUUGAGUGCAGGAGCUCUGGCUGGGGCGUCCACAACUGUGCGCACAGUGAAGACGCAGGCGUUCUCUGCUCAGCUGCAAUAAGCACGACGACGACCCCAACUCCAGGUGGCUCGCUGAGCUUGGUGAAUGGCAGUAACCGGUGUGAGGGGCGCAUUGAGAUCUACCAGAAUGGGAACCGGGGCACGGUGUGUGAUGACGGCUGGGACCUCAGUGAUGCCCAAGUUGUGUGCAGGCAGCUGGGAUGCGGCUAUGCUGUUUCUGCAGUGGGAAGUGCCUAUUUUGGACAAGGCAGUGGCAGCAUUUACCUGGACGAAGUGCAGUGCACGGGGAGUGAGUCCUCCCUGUUUCAGUGCAGGAGCUCUGGCUGGGGCGUCCACAACUGUCAGCACUAUGAAGAUGCAGGUGUUAUCUGCUCAGCUGCAAUAACCACGACGAGCCCAACUCCCACCACAACUCCAGGUGGCUCGCUGAGCUUGGUGAAUGGCAGGAACCGGUGUGAGGGGCGCAUUGAGAUCUACCAGAAUGGGAACCGGGGCACGGUGUGUGAUGACGGCUGGGACCUCAAUGAUGCCCAGGUUGUGUGCAGGCAGCUGGGAUGCGGCUACGCUGUUUCUGCAUUUGGAAGUGCCUAUUUUGGACAAGGCAGUGGCAGCAUUUACCUGGACGAAGUGCAGUGCACAGGGAAUGAGUCCUCCCUGUUUGAGUGCAGGAGCUCUGGCUGGGGCGUCCACAACUGUGCGCACAGUGAAGACGCAGGCGUUCUCUGCUCAGCUGCAAUAAGCACGACGACGACCCCAACUCCAGGUGGCUCGCUGAGCUUGGUGAAUGGCAGUAACCGGUGUGAGGGGCGCAUUGAGAUCUACCAGAAUGGGAACCGGGGCACGGUGUGUGAUGACGGCUGGGACCUCAGUGAUGCCCAAGUUGUGUGCAGGCAGCUGGGAUGCGGCUAUGCUGUUUCUGCAGUGGGAAGUGCCUAUUUUGGACAAGGCAGUGGCAGCAUUUACCUGGACGAAGUGCAGUGCACGGGGAGUGAGUCCUCCCUGUUUCAGUGCAGGAGCUCUGGCUGGGGCGUCCACAACUGUCAGCACUAUGAAGAUGCAGGUGUUAUCUGCUCAGCUGCAAUAACCACGACGAGCCCAACUCCCACCACAACUCCAGGUGGCUCGCUGAGCUUGGUGAAUGGCAGGAACCGGUGUGAGGGGCGCAUUGAGAUCUACCAGAAUGGGAACCGGGGCACGGUGUGUGAUGACGGCUGGGACCUCAAUGAUGCCCAGGUUGUGUGCAGGCAGCUGGGAUGCGGCUACGCUGUUUCUGCAUUUGGAAGUGCCUAUUUUGGACAAGGCAGUGGCAGCAUUUACCUGGACGAAGUGCAGUGCACAGGGAAUGAGUCCUCCCUGUUUGAGUGCAGGAGCUCUGGCUGGGGCGUCCACAACUGUGCGCACAGUGAAGACGCAGGCGUUCUCUGCUCAGCUGCAAUAAGCACGACGACGACCCCAACUCCAGGUGUCUCCCUGAGCUUGGUGAAUGGCAGUAACCGGUGUGAGGGGCGCAUUGAGAUCUACCAGUAUGGGAACCGGGGCACGGUGUGUGACGACGACUGGGACCUCAGUGAUGCCCAAGUUGUGUGCAGGCAGCUGGGAUGCGGCUAUGCUGUUUCUGCAGUGGGAAGUGCCUAUUUUGGACAAGGCAGUGGCAGCAUUUACCUGGACAAUGUGCAGUGCACGGGGAGUGAGUCCUCCCUGUUUCAGUGCAGGAGCUCUGGCUGGGGCGUCCACAACUGUCAGCACUAUGAAGACGCAGGCGUUAUCUGCUCAGAUGCAAUAACCACGACGAGCCCAACUCCAGGUGGCUCGCUGAGCUUGGUGAAUGGCAGUAACCGGUGCGAGGGGCGCAUUGAGAUCUACCAGAAUGGGAACCAGGGCACGGUGUGUGAUGACGGCUGGGACCUCAAUGAUGCCCAGGUUGUGUGCAGGCAGCUGGGAUGCGGCUACGCUGUUUCUGCAGUGGGAAGUGCCUAUUUUGGACAAGGCAGUGGCAGCAUUUACCUGGACGAUGUGCAGUGCACGGGGAGUGAGUCCUCCCUGUUUCAGUGCAGGAGCUCUGGCUGGGGCGUCCACAACUGUGGGCACUAUGAAGACGCAGGUGUUAUCUGCUCAGGAGAUACAAAUUCCACGGCGAGCCCAUAUCCCACCACAACUCCAGCUAGAAAAUAUCUUUGUGGUGGAUUAUUGUCAAGAUCCUCCGGAACAAUUCAGAGUCCUCUUUAUCCUUCAAAUUAUCCAGAUAAUGCAAAUUGUUUGUGGGAGAUACAAGUGAUGAAUAAUUUCCGCAUUGCGCUCACGUUUAGAACCAUUCAGUUGCAAGGUGGAUGCCAGAACGAUUAUAUUGAGAUCUAUGAUGGGCCACCCAAUACUUCUCCUCUGCUUCAAAGAAUUUGUUCUGGUUAUAAUGUUGCCUACACAUCAUCCUCAAACCUAAUGACCAUCAGAUUUCACAGUGACUCUAGAUAUUCAAAUAGAGGGUUUUAUGCUGAAUAUCAUUCCUUUCCAGCAGAUCAGAAUACCACCCUUGUGUGCUUGCCAACAUACAUGCACGCAGUUAUACAGAAAAGCUAUCUCCAGUCACAAGGCUACUCAGAAUGGAGCAUCAGCUUGUCUGAUUCUUCUUGUAGACCAACAAUUACAUCGACUGAGGUUAUAUUCAACAUUCCAUACAACAGAUGUGGUACACGUAGACAGGGCGACAAUGAAACGAUCACCUAUUCCAAUGUGAUAAGAGCAUCUGUUUCUGGUUCCAUCAUCAAGAGGCAAAAGGACCUUCAGUUGCACAUUAACUGCAAAAUGCUCCAGAACACCUGGGUGCAAGUAAUGUACAUUGCUGAUGACGUUGUUAAUGUCGAUGAAACCCAAUAUGGUAGAUACGAUGUGAACCUGACAUUCUACAAUUCCUCAUCGUUCCUGUGGCCAGUGCAUGACUUUCCUUACUACGUUGACCUGAAUCAGGAUUUGUACCUUCAAGCUUCUCUUUACAGCUCUGACCCAAACCUGGUGUUGUUCGUGGAUACAUGUGUGGCAUCACCUGAUCCUAAUAAUUUUACAACACUGCACUAUGAAUUAAUCAGAAGUGGGUGUUUCAAAGAUUCUACCUAUUCUCCUUACUAUUCAUCAGACAGAAGUGUCAGUCGGUUUGGCUUUAAUGCAUUUUCAUUUGUUGGACGAUACCCAUCAGUCUUCCUGCAGUGUGAGCUGGUGGUGUGCAGGAGCGAUGACUAUUCUUCCCGCUGCUAUCAAGGCUGUGUUAACAGGUUCAAGAGGAAUGCAGGAUCUUCGCAGGAAAAAAUGAGUGUUAUUGUUGGACCUAUCCAGCUUCAGGAGGCUCCCGCUGAGAACAGAAAUGCUGGUAUUGAUCUGGCCUCUAACACCCAGGAGAGAGGGGAGUCUGAGAGCUCAGCGCCUGCUGCCAGCUCUCCUGUUCCUCUGGCUGUGACCGCCGUGGUGUUGGCAGCUGCUGUCCUCACCGUGGGAGGAUUUCUUCUGAAGCGCAAACUGCAGGAACCCACCCCGUACCAGAUAAUAAAGGACAUCUACAACACCAAUAUCCUCCACAGUAGGGAUGACCAACUCAGCACCAAUAACCUUGUCGACAGAGAUCACCUCCUUACCACCAGCGACCACACAAGUGCCCACCUGCGGCUGGCCGGCGGCCGGCAUGGCUGCGAGGGCCGCGUGGAGGUGUGGGAUGGACGCAGCUGGGGGACGGUGUGCGACGACUACUGGGACCUGAGUGAGGCGCAGGUGGUGUGCCGCCAGCUGGGCUGUGGCCCUGCCAUAGCCGCCCCAGGCAAUGCUCACUUCGGUGCCGGCAGUGGCCACAUCUUCCUGGACAACUUGUGGUGCCAUGGCUCCUGGCCUUCUGUCCCUUCCAACCCUGCAUCCCCAUGGUGGUGCCCUGCACCCUGGGACCCCUUCUCCAGAGCAUUACAUCUCACUUAUGGCUCUUCUUCCUCCACUCUCACAGCUGCCACGACCACCCCAGUGCCUACAGAAGCACCUUAUUUUUGUGGUGGCUUAAUUUCAAAUUCUUCUGGGAUGUUGCAGAGUCCAAACUACCCUGGAAAUUAUCCAAACAACGCUGACUGUGUGUGGGAAAUACAAGUAGAGAAUAAUUUCCGUGUUGCGCUCACAUUUAGAGAUGUUGCGUUGCAGAACAGCAGAUGCCAGUAUGACUACAUUGAAGUCUAUGACGGGCCUCCACACUCUUCUCCACUUCUUGGGAGAAUUUGUGCUGGUUCCUUCCUCACAUACACGUCGUCUUCAAACCUAAUGAGCAUUCACUUUCACAGCGAUUCUAGACACACAUUUAGAGGGUUCCAGGCCCACUACUCCUCCAUCCCAACAGAUCACAACAUUGCCCUUACGUGCCUGCCAGACUACAUGCAUGCGGUGGUUAGCAGGGACUAUCUCCAGUCACAAGGCUACUCUGCAGAGACAGUCACCCUGAACGACACUCGCUGUGAGCCAACACUCACAGCACACGAGGUGGUGUUCAACGUUCCCUAUGACAGCUGUGGGACAAUACGAGAGGAAAGCAAUGGUACAAUCAACUAUUCCAACAUGAUCAAAGUUACCUCUUCUGAGUAUAUAAUCAAGAGGAAAAAGGAUCUUCACUUACACCUCAGUUGCAAGAUGUUACAAAACACAUGGAUACAAAUCAUGUAUGUUGCUGAAGAUACUGCAGACAUUAAUGAAAAUCAGUUUGGAAGAUAUGCUGUGAACAUCACGUUUUAUGAUUCCUCAUCAUUCCUGCGGCCAGUGCAUGACUCUCCAUACUACAUUGACCUGAACCAAAAUUUGUACCUUCAAGCUUAUCUUCACAGCUCUGACCCAAAUCUGAUGCUGUUUGUGGACACAUGUGUGGCAUCACCUGAUCCUCAGGAUUUUAGCACUCUAUCCUAUGAUAUAAUCAAGAAUGGAUGUGCUAGAGAUUCUUCCUAUGCCAUAUACUACACCCCCAACAGCCACUUCGCUCGGUUCAAAUUUAAUGCCUUUGAAUUCAUUAACCGCUACUCAUUAGUCUACCUGCGGUGUCAGCUAGUGGUGUGCAGGCUCGGGGACUACUCCUCCCGCUGCUACCACGGCUGCUCGGGAAGGUUCAAGAGAGACACCAGCUCUACCCAGGAGAAAGUAGAUGUUGUUGUCGGACCUCUGAAGCUUCGAGAAGAAGGUGCUCAGAGCACCACUGAAGUUGAAUAAAUUUUUCUCUUAUUUACUCUGAGA